GUCUGGUAGACUCGUCCCUCGCUCUCAGAGGAGUAGCUCUGUUCGUUCAUUGUCAUUGUCUUCGUCUUCUGGGCGGAGAAAUGAGGAUUGUGCCGCUUGCCUCACCCUUCAUGGAGAUUGGAGUUCUCCUCUCCGACUGGUGGGACGAGAUCAACGACUCUUCUGGAUGGCAGGACGCCAUUUUCUACUUCCUCUGUGCUGCUUAUGCUCUCGUUUCCUCCGUAGCUCUGAUUCAAUUGAUAAGAAUUGAAUUAAGAGUGCCUGAAUAUGGUUGGACAACACAAAAGAUUUUUCAUUUGAUGAACUUCAUUGUCAAUGGAGUACGCGCCGUUGUGUUUGGAUUUCACCAUCAAGUUUUUCUGUUGCAUCCGAAGGUAUUGGUUUUUGUGCUAUUGGAUCUGCCCGGACUGCUGUUUUUUUCAACAUAUACUCUUCUUGUCCUUUUCUGGGCAGAAAUUUAUCACCAGGCAAGGAGUUUACCAACUGAUAGGCUCAGGAUAUUUUAUAUCGCAAUAAAUGGCGCCAUAUAUUUUAUCCAGAUUUGUGUUUGGAUAUACCUCUGGAUAGACGAAAAUAGAGUGGUGGAAAUUGUUGGAAAGAUAUUUAUUGCAGUUGUAUCAUUUAUGGCUGCAUUAGGCUUCUUGCUCUAUGGUGGAAGAUUAUUUUUCAUGCUGAAGCGCUUUCCUAUUGAAUCUAAAGGGAGAAGGAAGAAGCUUCAUGAGGUCGGAUCUGUCACUGUCAUAUGUUUCACCUGCUUUUUGAUCCGAUGCAUAAUGGUCUUUCUAUCUGCAUUUGAUACAGAUGCAUCUCUAGACGUUUUGAAUCAUCCCAUUCUGGACUUGAUCUACUACCUGCUGGUUGAGAUCCUGCCUUCAGCUUUAGUCCUCUUCAUCCUUCGCAAAUUGCCCCCCAAGAGAAUAUCAGCCCAAUAUCACCCUAUCCGUUAACCAUAUUGCAUCCUGGAUCUUAUUCUAUUCUUUUGCCAUUUGGUUAUGAUUUUAAUGAUUCUCUAGCUCUGGUCCCAAAAAAAAAAAAGAGGUUCUGUGGUUAGAUGCCGCUGAAGCUUCGCAGGAGAAGCAGAUGCAGACAAACUGUCCAGCCAAAGUUCUAUGGAAAUAUUGAUACGUUGUGGGUGCAGUCUUCUGACAUGUGUAAUGUACAGCGAUGCCGCUUGGAAAUGAUAGUUUUGGUUCAUUUUGUUAGGCAUUUCUUUUUUCUUCGAGGAGGGAUUUUUUAACCGGGAGUAAGAAGGUAGGGUGGGGGACUUGGGGUGAAGGAAAAUAGGUGUAGGUUGUUUUCAGAGUUAUAAUACCAAGUGGUAACCUGGAACUGGAAGUUAAUGAUGCAUCCAUUCUUUUCCCGUU